AUGGUUGGCAGCCGAAAUGAAGCGAAAUCAUCCGCAGCUCGGGUGACAAGCCAGGAAAACUUGGUUCCCGACCACCCCGAUACUGCACCAGAUCAGCAACCUGCUGCGGCUGCGGGGCCUGCAGUAUCGGAGACAAUAUGGCUCCCUGAGCCUGUAGCUGAAUCUGAGGGAGCCAAGUGUCUCAAAAGCGGUAAAGAGCCUAGAAAGGCUGAGAAAACGAAAGAGGACACUGCAUCUCAGCUUAAUGCCGUAACAGAAGACAUUAAAGAGGGCAGAGCCGCAUCCAGCCUGGUGGCGAUGCAUCAGUCUUCCGCGCUGUUCGAAUGUUCAGCGGCAGAGCUCUUCCGGACGUACAUUGCGAGCCUAUUAACCGUUCCCCAAGACACUACUCGAGAAGGACACCACGAUCUUAUACGUGACCUAUUCAACGAUGAUGAAUUUAUCAAAGACGCAGAGCCUUUGGACCAUCCCAGUUUGAUGACUGAAAAUUUCACAGCUGGCCUGAGCCAAGGUCUAAGGGAGCAUCUCGUUUCUGAAGUUAUUAAUGAGGAUCGAUCCCCAACAGCGUACUUCAGCAAUGGAUCUUUUGAGACAUCCCUGGCUAGGUGCAGUGGACCAGUUCACAUAAAUGGAUAG